AUGCGGAUACGCCUCCCCUUCGCAGGUGCCUUCAUCUUCCUCUGCCUCACAGCCGCAUACGCUGGCCUCUCCUCCCUCCAAGUCAACGCCCUCAUCAACGACAAGCUCCUGCACGCCCUCACCCUCUUCAUCCUCACCACCUCCUUCUACUGGAUCCUCGACACCUCCCGCCGCCGCACCCUCAACCUCACGCUCGGGACCUGCACCUGCGCCUUGGGCAUCGGCUCCGAGUUCCUGCAGGGUGCGCUGCCCAACGGCGGCUCCUUCGACGUCCGCAAAAUUGUCGCCAACGUGGUCGGCUCGCUGGCCGCGCUGGCCCUGAGCACCUGGUACCAUGUCCGGAUGCUGGAGCGCAAGAGGCUGAAGAGGGGGUAUGGCCUUGCGGCUGCCGAGGAGCAGGAUCUGGAGCUGGGCGAGGGUGUUGGCCUGGGCGUGGCCUUCGGGGAGCAGAGCAGUGGCGUUGUUGUGAGAGAAGGGGCCGCGGGAGUUGCGGGCGCGAAGACGCUGGAUCAGGAAGUUGAAAACUGGGACGAGAACCUCGAGACUGCGUGGGACGACGACGAGCAUGCGGCUGAAAGCGCAGAUGGUGACGGGGGCAUGAGGACGCCGAGUGCGAGUAGUGCGGGAGACGGAGAAGGAGACGGAAAGAGGCGGGCCGAAUGA